GUUUUCAACUAAAUCCUGGUCAUUGCUACUUUACAAAACGUGUUGCCAUGUAUAGUCUUUGGUUUAUAAUUUGUGGAUUUCUAUUUAUUCAGUGCAGUUUUUGUCUGUCAGAACUAGAAGAAAGAUGUAUUAAGGAUUACCCCAAAAAUUUUGAAAAUGAAUUUUUGGUUGGAACUUGGUAUCACGUAGUUACUUUUAGUCUUUUUAUAAAUCCGUUACCAACGUCUCAGUGUUUUUAUUAUCAAGUAAGCAAAACAAAUCAAACGGAAAGAGACAGAUACAAAGAUGCAUACACUCUUGACAAUCCAUACUCCUUGGAUGACAACCCUUAUCAUGUGGUGAGGUCGACAGAAGAUCAUUUCGGUGUCAUUAUGGGCAAUAAGCAGACCAAGUUUUAUGUCUUCGAUCCAAAAUCUUUUUACUUCAAAAAGGAUUUGUAUAAAGUACAUAUUUUCGAAAGAACGAAAUUUGACGAGUUUAUUAUUUAUCAUGAAUGCAACAUGAGAGGUCACACUAAAUACUUAUGGUCACGAAAGAGACAACCCACUAAUGAAGAGGUGAAAGCUAUCAUAGACUCUGAUCCAGAUUUGAAAAACAAAGUUGCCAAAAGAUUCUGUUUUUAAAUAUAACAAGCAAUGAAUGAGUGUUGCAAAAAAAUCUUUAAUGUAAUUUUAUUUACAACCUGUAAUAACGCUAAUAACUACUGUGAAUAGAAAAUAUGAGUGAUUGAUAAUAAUAUUUUAAUAACAUUAAUUUAACCACAAGAAUCAAAACAAUGAUUUUGUAUUUAAAAGAAAAUAUUUGUGUUUUUUUUUAACAAAAUAUAAUUUCAUGAAAAUAGC